AUGGUUGUAGGUGGCACUCGACGCUUGGUGUCCGACUCCUACAAGGACGCGGUGCUGCCUUCGAACGCCACGUUCUUCGCCUUCGACGGCACCAACUCGGACCUGGCAACCCAGCUGUACCUGCGCGCCAAAGCUGGCGGCUUGACGACCAAGCUCCCCACCAUCAGCGUUCCGGACGCGGUUCAGGAGCGCCUCGACUCGCUCGGCGUCGAAUGGGACGACCUGUCGGGCAUGGCGCAGCGCGCGCUGCUGUGGGACUCGGGCUUCGGCGUCACGCUGGACAACAAGGCGGUGCGGAUCUGGCCGCUCGCGGGCCACUCCAUGACGGACCUCGCGGUUCCACUGGUGCAGUUCGAGGCUGUGGGCUGCGUGGCGACCAACUGCUCGCAGCCCGACGACACGCUGAGCUUGAGCAACUUGUACUGCAACGGCGAGCAGAUGCUCCACGCCGUGCGCUGCGUCAUGGAGGACUUUACCGAGACCGUGCAGAUCCACGGGGCCAUGUGGAUGACCGGCGGCAACCCGGAGGUGAUGCCGACGCCCAGGGCCAGGAAGCACCAGUGGAAGGACGACUCCACCAACGUCUCGUACACGGUGCUGGCCAUCCACACUGUGGAUCAGGAGGACGAGGCAGCGUACAAUGUGUGCCCCACCUCCAAGCAGAACGGCGGCUACGGGUCUCUCGUGCUGUCGUGCCACUCGCGCACAAACAUCACGGACGAGGUCAAGAGCGCCAUGCUGGAGGCUCAGCCCACGCCGUGGGUCUCGCGGUGGCUCGUCGAGGAUUUCUCGAACGGAGGCGUCGGACAGUCGGCUUCGGCCUCGGUCUCAGACGGCGAAAGCGGGUUUAAUCCGCUGCUGAUCGCCCCGAUCGUGGCUGGGGUUGUCGUGGUUGUCGGCCUCAUUGCGCUCUUCGUGUACGUCAAGCGGAAGCGACAGAGUAAUGACGAGUCGGACGCGCUCGAGGACUCUCUCAUCUACCUGGAGACGUUCCGAGCGCCGACGUUCAAGGAAGACAACAAGCCUGAGAACGACUUUGCCCCCGACGGCUCAAGCGCGCCGACUAUCGACGACACGUUUACCGGUUCUCACCGGAACGUCGACAAAACCAUCAAGUUUCUGUCGAGUACCAGCUCCGCCAGCGAGUUCGGGUCCGGGUCGAAUCAAACCUUGCAGAUUCUACUCGGAAGCGAGUUCCUGGUCGCCAAACGGCUGCCGUUCGAGAGUCUCGUCUUCAAGCGAGCUCUGUCCAAGGGUGCGUGUGGAGAGGUGUGGCUGGGAGAGUACCAGUGCCAGCAGCUCGCCAUCAAGCGGUUGCUGCAAGCCAAGGCCCAUCAAGCCGAUGAAGUGGAGGAGUUUGCGCAGGAGAUCGAGCUCAGCGCCAGUUUGAUGCACCCCAACAUCGUGUCGUUCAUUGGCGUGGCCUGGAACAGCCUCAACAACUUGGUCAUGGCGCUCGAAUUCUUUCCCAUGGGGGACCUACAAGCGUACCUCGAAAAGCACGCCGACCUCAUGACCUGGGCGAAAGACAAAAUUCACAUCGCUGUUGGAGUGGCGCGCGCGCUCGAGUACUUGCACUCCCGCACGCCUCCGCUCAUCCAUCGAGACCUCAAGUCGAAGAACAUUUUGCUGACUCAAAAGCUCGAGGCGAAGCUCAUCGACUUUGGCGUGAGUCGCAAUCGACAGGAGCACUCCAUGACGGCAGGCGUGGGCACGCCCUACUGGACGGCGCCGGAGAUCCUCGAGGGUAAGCGAUACAUGGAGCAGGUGGACAUUUACUCGUUCGGCGUAGUGUUGUCAGAGCUGGACACGGGCAAGAUCCCGUACCACGACGCGUUGACGUCGGAGGGGAAAAAGCCCAAGCCUUUCCAGAUUCUGUCGGACGUGAUGGCGGGGAUGCUGCGACCGAGUUUUUCUGAACAAUGCCCUACCAGAAUUCGCCGGAUUGGUGUGGCCUGUUGCCAGCAUGACCCCGCACGACGACCGACAGCAGCACAAGUUGCGAAGAUGCUGCAAGUGUCCGACGAGAUUUAA